CCAGUAUACUGCGCACAGCCAAUCCAAUUAGCAUGAUCCAGGCUGACCACGAGAGAGGAAGGUUGAGAUUUCAGCAGCACUAGACUCUACUAGCAUUAGUAAUUCCUAGGACUGUGCUGCAGAGUAGCAGGUGUUCAGUGAAAGCAAGGCAGCCUUUGUUGUUGUGGCAUCCGAGCCUUUUUCUCCUUUACUCAUCAGUGGGAAGGAAACGGGGGGUACUGUAGAGGGAGUGUGUGAUAGUGAAGGGGAGAGAAAAAGAACAGCAUCAUUGUAUUCUUGCUGCAUUGCUGCAGUACAGUACAGCAGGCUGUUGAGGUGUUUUUUGGCAUACAAGGCUGUGUAGCUGCAUUUCGCUGCAUUUCUGUCCCUUUUUUUUGGGCCGUCGGAUCGAGCCCUUUUUUCUGUGUUGUUGUUUUUGUAGCAGCUGAGUCAUCAUGUCUGAUCAGACCCCUCAGAGCGAUGCCCCUACCCCCACCACAGACAAGAUCACACAGGCUGCCAGGGAGACCAUUUACCUUUGCAACUUUCGGGUCUCCGUGGAUGGAGAAUGGCUUUGCCUAAGAGAACUGAACGACAUUUCCCUAACUCCAGACCCAGAGCCAGUUCACGAAGGCUCAUGGGAGGAUUUGACAGAUUUGGUGGAGCAAAUGCAAAUGCUUGAUGAGUUUAAAGACCCCAAGGAUCCUAUUGCAAUCGAAAGGCUGAACCUCAUGAAUAUGGCUAAGCUGAGCAUAAAGGGACUGAUCGAGUCUGCACUGAAUCUGGGGCGGACACUGGACUCUGACUAUGCGCCCCUUCAACAGUUCUUUGUUGUGAUGGAACACUGUCUUAAACAUGGGUUAAAAACCAAGAAAACAUUCCUUGGACAGAAUAAAUCGUUUUGGGGACCUUUGGAGUUGGUGGAAAAAUUAACGCCAGAAGCAGGAGAAAUAACAGCCAGUGUAAAGGACCUGCCAGGCCUGAAAACCCCGAUCGGCAGAGGAAGAGCCUGGCUUCGUCUGGCAUUGAUGCAGAAGAAGCUCUCUGAUUAUAUGAAGACUUUGAUUAACAGAAAGGAUCUUCUUAGUGAGUUCUAUGAACCAAAUGCCUUGAUGAUGGAGGAGGAAGGAGCUGUGAUUGCUGGACUGUUGGUCGGGCUCAAUGUUAUUGAUGCAAAUCUCUGUAUGAAAGGAGAAGAUCUAGAUUCGCAGGUUGGGGUUAUAGAUUUCUCUAUGUAUUUGAAGGAUGGAAGUCACAGCAGCAAAAGCACUGAAGGGGAUGGACAAAUUACCGCAAUUUUGGACCAGAAGAACUAUGUUGAAGAACUCAACAGACAUCUAAGUGCUUCAGUGAACAACCUGCAGGCAAAGGUUGACGCUUUAGAAAAGUCAAACACGAAACUAACAGAAGAGCUUGCAGUUGCCAACAACAGGAUCAUAACAAUGCAGGAAGAAGUAGAGCGAGUAAAAGAGGAGAGCUGUUAUCUUCUGGAGUCAAACCGCAAGGUGUCAAAAGCUGAUGGGAGUGCAGAUGGACAUGUUCUUGGCGACGCACGAAAACAGCUCAAGGAAGAAACUCAGCUCCGUCUGGAUGUAGAGAAGGAGCUGGAAGUGCAGAUUGGCAUGAAACAAGAGAUGGAGCUCUCCAUGAAGAUGCUGGAGAAAGACAUCUGUGAAAAGCAGGAUGCAUUGGUGGCACUCCGACAGCAGCUGGAUGACCUCAGGUCACUCAAUCAUGAGUUUUCACUCAAGUCACAGACCUCUGAUUCUGCAGUAAAACAGAAGAGUGAAAUUAUCAGCCGCUUAGAAGACAAAACAAGUCAGUUGACAGCAACCAUUAAACAACUGGAAUUAAGAUUACGGCAAGCAGAGGAGCAGCGUCAGUCAGCUGAAGAGGCCAACAGACUGUUCAAGCAGGAGUUCGGAGACAAGAUUGAGAGCCUGCAGCUGGAGCUGGAGCAGACGAGAAAGCAGCGAUUCCAUUUGGAGAUGGAAUUGAGAAAGGAAAGAGAGCGGAGGACCAUUCAUCGGCAUAAUAAUUCAUCAGGAGAUAAAAGCCCUUCCCCGCAGAUAAAAACUUACAAACAGCAUAUGGCCGAGAUCGAAAAGGAGCUUCAGCUAGUUAAAGAUGAAAAUGUUAAGCUAAAAACUGUUUUAGAUGAAAGCCUCAACUCAAGCAUGUCACUACCACAAACUGAAGAUGAGCAGAUUCCACCCUUCAUUGAGCCAUCGAUCUGCAAGCUGUGUGAGGAGGAAGAUUCCUUAACAAGACCCAAGAACUCGUGUAAAAACUGCAGUGAGAUCUUCUGUGAGAGCUGUUUAGCAAAUGAGUUGCCUCUGCCCUCCUCCAUCCAGCCGGAGCAUGUUUGCAAUACAUGCCACACAAUGCUGAUGCAGCAGUACUCAGCAAGCCCAUCCUAAUUUCUCUGAAAUUAUGUAACAAGCAGAUUCACUUUGCACCAGCUAAUGAAUGCCUAUAUUAACAUAUCCUGUCUUUACUAGAUGCUGUCACCAUCUGUAAAAAUCUAAAUUAUUGAAUGGUAUUUUUGUUUUAAAGAAUUGGUGUGCAUCAGCAUUUCUAAACUGCGAUAAGAAUGCUGACUUAAAGUACUUGCAGCUAACCAAAUAAUUCCAUAAAUAGGUCUCGUGUAGUUUUGAAAGAAACACCUGUAAUAGCAAAACAUGGUAUUUGGUACUGCAUUAAGUUAGAAAAAGUUCUCCUCUUGCUUGCCUUACUUUCAGGUCACUGUCCCCCCACCCCACAGUGGCUUUAUGUGGUUCGUUAACACAAGGAAGUCUGAGAAAGUGUCACUGUGUAAAGAACUCAAACCAAGGUUUUUAAAAUGGUUUUUCUUUAUCCCCAGCUAUCACACUUGUUAUAGAAUGUGUUUCUUUCAAAAACAUUCAUUUGAGACCUAUGUCAUGAAUGGAAGUGCACAACAAGAAAGUUUGAUAGAAUUAUUUUGUAAGCUGUGACAACAUUAACAACCAGAAUGUACAUUGAAGGUUAGGUUAAUGGCUCUUGUACAGUGUCUGGUUUCAGUGUUUCCACAUCAUGUCUGUGAGUAGGAAUACAAAGAGGCUUCAGUUUAUUGAUUACAAAGAUGGUACCCCUUCUGAUAGUUUAUACCAAUAAGGAUAUAUUUAAAAUAAACAGUAGGGAAAACUGAAUAAGGUACAUUUUGCAAAAAAAAAAAAAAAAAAAAAAACCUUUUAAAAAGCUAUGCUAAUGUAAACGGGUAAUAUUCUUAAAUACAAGAAUUUAAUAUACUACCCUUUUAUUAAUGUCUCUCACUGGUAGCAUCAGAAAAAUAUUUGGAAAGUGUCCACUAAGUGGAUGUAUAAGAAACAUUUAAUAUUAAUUUAAUCACUUGCAUCUGAAUGGUAUGUGUGCCUACUAUGGGGAAAACUGAUUAAAAGUUAUCAGAACUGAAA